AUGGCAUUGGAGAACAAGGAACCUGUUGGGAGGAGUUUUUGGCAAGUAAUAGCUAAGGCCAAGGAAGACUUUCAUAAAUGUGCUGAUAUCCAAUUAAAGAAUGGAGAAGGGUGUAGAUUUUGGCAUGACUGGUGGGUUGAGAAGAGAGAUUUAGCAGACAAAUACCCAAGAUUGUACAAGUUAAGUUUGUUUAAAAUGGGUUCCAUAGCAGAUUUUAAAAGGCAAAACUGGAAUUUUAAUUUUAAGAGAGACUUGGAUCCUGCAGAGAGAAUCGAUCUCUUAGAAUUAAAACAUGAUCUUAGGAGUAUCAUUUUAGUGGAGGAUGAAGUUGAUAAGAUGGUGGGAGAUUUAACAGCUAAGAAGUUAUAUGAGAAACACUCUGACGACAAUGAAGAUUGGGCUUUCGAUAAUGUUGCAUCACAGAGGAAUGACAUUGCCUUCGUAUUUAUGUUUACUGUGCAACACAUAAGAGGAAACCAGCGAUCACCUGCUUUGCACUGUGAGUGGGCUAUGAAGAUAUGGGAUUAUUUUCUUAACGCUUGGAACAUCAGAUGGGUCAUGCAGAAUAACUUAUGCGAUUACCUAGCUGGAUGGAAGAUUGGGAGAUUUAGCAGGGAGAAGAUGAGUAUCUGGAAAACUAUUCCUUAUGCGAUUAUUUGGGAACUUUGGAAGGAGAUAAAUUCUAGAGUUCAUGGUGGUAGGUUUAAGAGUCUGGACGAAUUGUUGGUUGUUGUUAAACACAACUUGUGCCUGUGGUGCUCUAAUGAGGAAGUUUUUAAGGGUUUUUUGAUUACUCAAGUUCUAUUCCAAUGGGAAGAUGUUGUAAAGAUGUAA